AUUCCAGUAAACUUUCAUACAAGGAGAUAAUAGAAUAACCAAAUUACACUUUCAGUGUACGCGUUUUCAAACGUUAAUUAGUUGGUCUAUAUUAGCUUGCAUCCAUGCGAACAUGGUUUUGAUUUUAAUAUCUAAGUAUUAUUUUUCACCGACUUUCAACGUGGGUUUCUUCGACAAGUUCUAAGCUUGAUUUUUCCCCCGAUUGAACUCCGUUUGUGAUCAAACUGGAAGAAAAAUUCGGUUGGAAGCGUCGUGUUCGUGAUUGGGUUUACGUUGUUAAGGAUUGGAAUGGACCAGGAAUGGAAACUGGGACGUUUGGUAGGCGUCAUGGUGGUGUGCCUCUUGUGUAUGAGUUUGCGUUUGACUUGGUGUCUCAACGAUGAAGGUUUGGCUCUGCUGAGGUUUAGAGAGAGAGUGGUGAGUGACCCCUUUGGGGCUUUGUCCAAUUGGAAAGACGAAGAUGGAGUCGUUGAUCCAUGUUCAUGGUUCGGGAUCGAGUGCUCAGAUGGAAAAGUUGUGGCCUUGAACUUGAAAGGCCUUUGUCUUGGAGGAACACUGGGACCUGAGCUUGCAAAGCUAGUUCAAAUAAAAUCUAUUAUUUUGCGCAAUAAUUCUUUGAGCGGAAUCAUUCCUGAAGAGAUUGGAGAGCUGAAGGAGUUAGAGGAGUUGGAUUUGGGGUACAAUAACUUCUGCGGAACACUCCCAGCUGAACUUGGCAGUAAUCUUUCCCUCACAAUCCUUCUAGUGGACAACAAUGAGCAACUUGGUAACUUAUCUCCUGAGAUUGAUGGACUUCAGUUGUUUUCUGAAUCUCAAGUAGAUGAAAAUCAGCUUUCUAAUGCUGCUAAAGGAUCAUCUUGCCAUAAAAGAUGCGUUGCUUGGAGCAUUGCCCAAAAUGAAGUCAUGGUUCAGAGGAGACUGCUCCAAAGGACAGGACCGGGCGGUGAACGUGCAGACCCACCACCCCCAAUCCCAUCUCCAUCCCCACCGGCACUAAAGGCUGGUCCUCCUCCACCUGAUUCUCCCUCAUCAUCUCCCAAUUCUGCUCCUACUACAACUAAUUCUUCCUCACCAUCUCCCAAUUCUGCUCCUACCACAACUAAUUCUUCCUCACCAUCUCCCAAUUCUGCUCCUACCACAACUAAUUCUUCCUCACCAUCUCCCAAGUCUGCUCCUACCACAACUAAUUCUUCCUCACCAUCUCCCAAUUCUGCUCCUACCACAACUAAUUCUUCCUCACCAUCUCCCAAGUCUUCUCCUACCACAACUAAUUCUUCCUCACCAUCUCCCAAUUCUGCUCAAGUGCCUUCCUCCCCAAAACUCUCUGGUUCCCAUUCAAAUAUUCGUUUGGUUUUAAUAUUGGUUGGAGCAAUAGGGGGUGCCAUUCUAAUUUCCAUCAUUGGUGUAUAUCUUUGUAAAACCAAUAAGGUGGCCACUGUAAAACCUUGGGCGACAGGAUUAAGUGGACAGCUUCAGAAAGCAUUUGUAACUGGUGUGCCAAAGCUCAAGAGAUCAGAGCUUGAAACAGCUUGUGAAGAUUUCAGUAAUGUCAUUGGUUCUUCACCAAUUGGUAUAGUUCACAAAGGGACCUUGUCUAGUGGAGUCGAAAUAGCUGUGGCUUCUGUUGCUGUGACAUCUGCCAAGGAUUGGUCAAUAAGUUUAGAAGCACAUUUUAGGAAGAAGAUUGACACAAUAUCAAAAGUUAACCACAAGAAUUUUGUCAACCUUCUUGGAUUUUGCGAGGAAGAUGAGCCUUUCACCAGAAUGAUGGUUUUUGAAUAUGCUCCAAAUGGAACACUCUUUGAGCAUUUACACAUAAAAGAGGCUGAACACUUGGACUGGAGAAUGCGGCUGAGAAUUGCAAUGGGAAUGGCUUACUGCCUUGAGCAUAUGCACCAGCUAAACCCACCUAUAGCCCACAACAACCUGAACUCUUCAGCUGUCUGCCUCACUGAAGAUUAUGCAGCCAAAAUCUCAGAGUUCAGUUUCUGGAAUGAGAUCGUCGCAGCCAAGAUAGAAUCAGCUGGAUUAAGGAAUAUACAUACACCAUCAGUAGGCCCAGAAAGUAAUGUUUACAGCUUUGGUGUGAUAUUGUUUGAAAUGGUUACCGGUCGGGUUCCUUACUCUGUGGAUAGUAGCUCACUUGAAGACUGGGCAUCUGACUUCUUGAGAGGGGAGCAACCGCUUAGAGAAAUAGUUGAUCCCACUUUGACAUCCUUCCAAGAGGUGCAACUGGAGCUGAUUGGUGAAGUGAUAAAAUCUUGUGUCCACCCUGACCCUAAACACAGACCGGCAAUGAGAGAAGUCUCCGCAAGAUUUAGAGCCAUAACUGGAAUAACCCCUGAGGGAGCAAACCCAAAACUUUCUCCUCUUUGGUGGGCAGAGCUUGAGGUUGCUUCGGCGGAUGGAAGCUGAGGCACAAAACUUAUACUGAACUUCAAAUUGCAAGCAUGAAGGGGAAUUUUCUGUAGUUGUAUGAGGCACUAAAGAUCGAAGUUGCCCAUACGUUGAUACAGCUUGUAUUUAUCAUAGGGUAAAAAGAAUUAUUUGUAUAUAACUCCUACAAAGGGAAGUUUGGCGAAUCUUCUUUUAUUUUGAUAUUGUUGUUUUACAUUUGGCCGGGAAACUGUGAAAGCAGACAAGGGCCGAGUCUACGUCCAACUGAGGAAAGAUCCUCUUUUUUGUUAA